GGGGCCGCGUGUAUCCUGCUCGAGAGACGAGCAAGGAUUUCGUUGUUCGCGCUUCUUGCAGACAUGUCGGAUCGGUCGGCGGCUAUCACGGUCAUCGAAAAUUCCUCGAUUUCGCGGGCUCUCGUCGCGCGUCGUUCCUCCAGCCGAUCGGAUCAUCGAAGAAUCUCGGUGCAACAUCCGUAAAGAAAUCUCGGGGCUAAACUUCGACUAAACGUCGUGUUAAUUAUCGCGACUAUCGGUGUGUCGGUGUCCGCGUCUUCGAGUGAUCGACUCGGUCCAGCUACGAGUCUAUUCGCCAACGAUUGGCGACUACUCUCGGUCUUAUCGACACGGAAUUGGAACUCGUCGGUCUCGAUUGAACGACUUUGGCCUGGUGAUACGUAAAACCGUCGGAAAAAUCGCCAGGCCAUUACGGAACGGUACGUUCUCGCUGGUGCAGGUCCAUGUCCGUCGAAUAAGUGGGCCGGUCAGUCCCGAGGCUAUAGGCCAGUCCGAGUUUCGUACUGGAAGAUCGACCACGGACGGAGAACCGUGCUGACGAGAGAGAAAGGGCGAAGAUUGCCGGAAAAGAAAGCAGAGAUCGUUGGACGCUCCGUUGAGAGAUAUGAGUCACCCGUUCCAUCGUGAAUAAGCCAGAGAUGGUCCAAGUUCUUAUCCGGAGAAAGAUUUUUAAGGAAUCGAAGAUAAACGACGAACGAAGCGAAGUACUCGAGUCACCUGUUGUGCACUAUACGAGUGAAAUAUCGUCUAUCCUCGAAUAAAAUAUCCAGCGUGGGACAGGGACUUCCGAUCUAGAUUAGAGAUUACGAGAAAGAAUACGGUAUCGAGGAUCUCCGAGCACGUUGAAUCAAGUAUGUAAGACGCGUCUUGGUGGAGAUCGAGAACGAAAGAUCACUGAAAGCUGUUCCCAGGGUGAACGAGGAAGAAAAGGUCGAUCGGAAAACGCGGAUGAAUUGAAUAGUUCCAAGGGAGUCGAGGAAGGCAUCCUGCAAGGGCGAUUUCCAGGCUGCUGGCGAGAGGACAAGAUAGGAAGAAAUAGGAACGACCGAGGAAUAAGUGGAAAAGGACAAGAUGAGCAGACGAAUCGUGCCACCGGCUGGGCUAAACUCCUGCGAGAGGAUAAGGCCUGAACGACCCAGGAACCCCAUCCAGAGACUCGUAUGGGGUCCCGGAUCUCAAUUUCUAGUCGGUCAAAUCGGCUUGCCCGAGGACGAGGGCUCGAAUCCACGAAUGGCUCUCAGAAGACUCCUGAGGCUGUACGAGGGAAGACAGUAUCGCGAGGCAGCCGGAUUCCUGAUGAAGCUGCCGCACUAUACGCUAAAAGCGACCCUGCCGGACAUACCGGUGGACCUGUUGAUCGAAACGCUGCCGCACAGUCUGUCCCUGCUGGAGGCACUCUAUUCGAGGCUCCUCGAGCUGAACGUCAGCGACACGAAGAUCCUGCGCGUAGAACAGGUCCUCUGGAGAAUCGUGCAUCUGAUCUCGAUUAGCCAGGAUCACUUCCGCUUGAGAAUUUGGUGCAAACUGCUAGUGUCCCUGGGUAGAUUGGCUCCCAACGCGAGGAACAUGCUGAUGGCUAGGAAGAGGGCUUUGGAGAGAGCAGUCGAAGGACUUGGGAAACACGGACUCGUGGCUUCGCCUCAGACCGGCAAUUUAGAGAACGGCGGUGCCUCGAAUCUGCUUCCUUUGCCUGUGGCCCUCAAAGAGGAACUCGAGAACAGGAUAGACGCGUACAAGCUGGCCGUGCACAAGAUCGAGAGCUUUGGGAAGAACGCCAGAACGCACAAAGCGGACCAAGGUGUGCAGGCUGCAUCGCAUCAGCGGCAACUUUCGCUCAAGUAUAGCGAGAUUCAGCAAAGGCUCAUCGAUAAUCAGAGUCUGCUGAACACGCUAGAGAAAGCUGGCGACCCGAGCGGCUUAGAAAGUCUGCUGUCCGAGCUGAAACGAAGGGUCGAACAAGACAAGGAAGCUCUCAGACAAUGGACGGCCUUGAGGAAAUCCACGCUCGGUGGCAACACCAAAAAUCCACCCUUGGCUGCGAAGCUCCUGCAGUUCUCCAAGGGCUGCGACCUGGCCUUGCAACUGAUGCACCAGGACAAUCUACAGGUAUUCCAAUUGGAUGAGAAUCUGGCGGACGACUACGAGGAGGAAUCCAGCAGCAGCGCUGGCUAUCACACGGACGAGAGUUGCAGCCCGACCCCCGAGCCGGUGGUUAGGAACAGCUGCGAGCUUCGCGGGACGGAAGAGAAUUUUUCGAGUUUAACUUCCGGCGAUGUGACCGCCGAACGACUCGCCGAAAGAUACGCCGCCCUCUACGGCCAGGCGCAUUUGCAUACCCUGGACGCUCUGGACGCUCUGGAACCCCUCAAGAACGCGCCCGACUUGAAAGCCAAGAUUCUCUAUUCAGUGGUCGUGCUCUCCUGGCGUUUGGCGGGUAUGAUUCAGACAUCGAGAUACCUGGAGGCGCUGAAGGUUCUAAACGGUGGUACCGCGGCGCAGUCGGCGACGCCGGGGCUGGAGGAAUGCGUGAAGCGGCAAUUGGCGACUUCCGGUGCCCGAACCGGUUCCCAGGAGGUCGCGGAACAGGUGGUCAGCCAGCUGGAGAGAACGCUGUACGACUUUCCGUGUCUGCAGGGAUGCGUCGAGGUCAAAAACUACGCCACUGCAUGCUCCAAUUUGGCCUGGGCCUGUUUGGCGCGCGCCACGCCGUUGGUUCUCGACGUGGCGCAGGCUUUAGAAUUCAGACGCGAGGUGCACGUGAGACAUCACGCAUCACCUGCACCAAACGGCACGAGGAUCAAGACGGUAUUGUGGCCUGGCUUGAGGGAAGGCUGCCAAGGACCUUGCCUUCACAGGGCAGUCGUUCUCACGUCUUGAGACGGGGUGGGGGAGGAAGGGUAAUCGAGUCCCGUAAAGUUAAACGUCGACCUUUCUUUAAUCCCUCGUUUUGUUCGAUUACGUGUACUCGUGUUAAAACGGUAAGAGGUUAAUAUACGGUACGCCAAAGUUUAACAACUUUGCGAAACUAUAUUUUUCGUGUAUCAUUUGAAACCAACCACUCGCCACUGGGACAAGAGCUGUUAUUUUUACGAGGGAGUUUGAAAAGUUUGGAAACCACCGGCUAGAGAGUUACGAUCCGAUCGAAAGCGAGGGGAAAAGUUUGUUUCGAGAAACGUCGGGAACGUUGAAUAAAUGAAUCGAACGGAAUCGAAGGAGAACCGACACCUUGGAAAUAGUUUCUCGAGCGUUCGCGUCCGACAGACCGUACGAAUUAAUUGAACGAAUCGACGGGUGAGUCGGUCCUCGAACCGUGGAAAGGAAUUGUAUACGAAGUGGCUCGCGAGGGCGACGUCUACGCCAUUGGCUGCUCCGAUUUCCACGCGUGCUUCGUCGCGAUCUUGAAUUUCCCAAGGGGAACUGGAAUUACAUUUAUACGUCGCCUUAUGUAACAGAAACGCGUCGCACUCUUUACCGUCGCGAAAUAGGGGUUUAGCGUUGCCGGGCAUGAUGGGAUUCUUUAAAACCGCUCGGAUGAGAUAUCAGAGUUGUUUUCAGAAUCGCUGGAUCUCGACAGCCCGGGAUUAAGUUCGCGUUAACGGAGUCUACUAGCACGGAGUCUAUCGGCAACUGUACAUCUUCGGUAUCCUGAUUAACUGUACAAAGAGCACUUUCAUUUUUUUUUCAGUACUAAGAUAGUAUAGAACUACGAUAAUAUUAGGUAGACUGGAAAGUAAUGUCGUUUCUUUUACAUUAAAUUCAAAUGAAUUUUUCCAUUUUUAAUCGAUUAUGUAAUCGCCCUCGUUAUCAACAGACUUUUGCCAUCUAGUGUGCAGUAUUUAAAAUUUCAAAAACGACGUUACUUUCCGAUCCACCUGAUAUUUUUGUCUUAUGCAGCUGGAAACAACGAGGUUCGUAUACACGAUUCAACCUUGCGUAGAAGAUUCUGUUUCGUCGUUACCUUCACGGAUUGCGCUCGAAAUAACCUUGCAUUUCAACGCAUGCCUGAAGACGUCUUGUCGCUGGUCCGGUUACUCUUUUGCUACUUCCUAGUGUUACUUAAUUCAUUUCUUGAAAACUAUUCGAUUCUAUGUAACGACGAUUACGAUGCAAUCCAGUACUUCAGCGUUACCUGUUUCGUCGUUUGAUACGGUUUUUUUUGUUCGGUCGCGCGACCGAAAACCGGGCUACCACGCUCGGGCAAAAAAGUUCCCUGAAAGUUGUUCCGAGAAACUUUUCGCGCGACACAUGUCGCGUCCCUAAGAAAUUUCUUCGCGACAUCACGGACGUAUCGUGUAAGUUUGCGCUCGAGGAGUGGGCACAGAUGCUCCGGAAAUAUCUAUAGGCGGUUGGCGAAACUCGACGUCCGAAAUUCUCCUUUGACACGACUAAAAAUUGUUUGUUCGAUACGUAUCAAUAGAAACUUAAAGAGAAGGGGAUGACGCUAAAGAAUCAUCCCCGACAGAAUAUAAAGAACUCGAACGCUGGCUCUGUCGAUCACCACGCGAUAAACCCAGAAGAAAUUAUCUCCCUCGCGACGAUCCCCUUUGACAGGAACUACGUGUCCUUCGCGAGAGUAAUAAGAUCCUUUGCGAACUUUAAAUUCGACGAUAAAUUAUUCCCUUCCGUAGGAAGAGCUCGCGAACGACUCGAUUCGCUAGGCUUACUUAUUCCCAAGCGGAGUGAUUUUAGGUGUGCAUUAAUGUAUAUUUGGAAACCCCACGAAGUAAUUAAGGACGAUUUUGUUCCUUAAUCGGUAUUAUCCUCGCUUAAAUUCGAGCUUCGAGGAUUAGAGCUCGCGUACGACACCGCGUUCCUUCGCUAGAAGACGUUAAGACUGGUUGCUCAAGGGAUUCUUUUAGUCUAAAACUCCAAAUACGUCUUUCUAUGAAUUUUCUACUCGAACGCUAUCAACGGUAAAGCUUCUUUAAACUUUGUGCGAGAAAUAGAAAAAUAUCGAAAUAUUAAAAAUAUUAAAAAUUUAUUCGAUCGUUUCUUAAAGCUUUUCUCCCAAUUUUAUUUCCCUUGACAGUCUAACGUUUUAAAACAACCCCCGGACAAUCGAGGUUCUGCUAUAAUUAACGCGCGGCCUGCGAUAAUUCUCAACAAGCCCGUGACGAAGCAUCCAGACGAAUGCAAACACCGAGCAUUCCGAACGUAGCGGGCACUGAAGCUCGCAAGCCAUGUAACU